CUCGAAAGAUGCUUGGCCCCAAAAGCCCCGAGCAUCAAGCAAACCCUACCUCCGCUCCCCGUCCUCGCCGCAGAAAAUGUCCGACCGCCGCCGCGACAAGGAGAAGCCCCGCGACCGCGACCGUGAAAGGGACCGAGACGUCGAUCGCCAUCGCGGCCGGGACCGGAGCGGGGAUCGCGACCGCGACCGGGACCGGGACCGUGGUAGGGAUCGCGACCGAGAUCGGGACCGCCGCCCCGAGCGGGAGCGGAAGCGCUCCCGGUCCCGCUCCCCGUCGGCAGACCGAGAUCGCUCCCACCGCCGCCACUCACACUCCCACCGCGGCCGGUCGUCCCCCUCCCCUGACGCCGGCCGCCACAAGCGCCGCCGCGAGGCGUCCCCCGGUGCCGCCGAUCCCUACAAGGAAGACAAGAAGGCCGACCCUCCCGCGGGCGCCAAGGGCGGGGGCGGCGGAGGGGAGGCGGCCGCGGCCGCGGGGGGCGACGGGGACGGGGACAUGGAUUCGGAGGAGCUCGAGAUGAUGAAGAUGAUGGGCAUCCCCGUCGGGUUCGACUCCACCAAGGGAAAGCACGUGCCCGACGCCGACGUCAGCGGCGUGCGCGCCGUCACCAAGCGGCAGCCGCGCCAGUACAUGAACCGCCGCGGUGGGUUCAACCGGCCCCUGCCGCCCGAGCGCAACCGUUGAGGAGGGGAAAGGAUCAUGCUCAAUACAAAGAUGUUAUGAAUUAUAAUGUCGGGUUGCGGUAGACUUUGUUACUGGACAGAGUAGGAGAUGAGCUGCUGCUGAGCAUGUAUAACCUUAAUGCUUGUUACUUUGCAAAACUUUGUAGCCUAUGAUACCCUAUUCUCCAUUGUCCUUUUCUUUUGUCAUCAUUGUUCUGUCGACAUUCCAGGGAAACAUAAUUUGGUGGCUCAUUUUGAAAUUAUGGGUUUACAACUUA